UCGCUGGACGAGCGAGCAGAGGGAGGGCAAACACAAGUGAACCUUAAUUACGUUCUUCUAACGGCUAGCGGAGUUGUGUGGAGUGUCUGUAUAGGUUAUAUAUGCUAUCAGCUGUGAAGUGUUUUGAUCGCGUUUGUGCCACAGAAAUGACAACAGAAGAAAAAUUUCGUGCUGCAGUGAAUGUCAUCAGGAAUUUACCAAAAAAUGGUUCAUACCAGCCAUCUCAUGAGCUGAUGCUGAGGUUCUAUGCAUACUUCAAACAGGCAACAGAGGGACAAUGUGUGGCACCCAGACCAGCGUUCUGGGAAGUGGUAAAGAAAAUGAAGUGGGAGGCAUGGAACAAACUGGGCAACAUGUCACGAGAGGAGGCAAUGAACAACUAUGUCGAGGAGCUCAAGAAGAUUGUGGAAACUAUGUCAUAUACAGACAACGUUGCAACGUUUCUGGGAAGUCUUGGUUCAUUUUAUGAUUCUGUUCCUGUAGAAGAUUUAGAGUUGCUGGUGGGAAAUGUGAUUGAACGCAUACGUUCACAGCCUGGGUCCCCUCUCGGUGGCUCACCUCUGGUAUCACGUGAGUCUUCACCAAACAGGACAUCUGCGAUAUCAGCUGCAAAUGGGCGAAUCACAUCGAGCCUGGAAACCAGUCCAGCAAGCAGCUAUUCAGCCUCACCAUUACCUCCAAAUCCAGAUGAUGAUGAAGAGGAGGAGGAAUUCAUUGACACUGUAGAGACUGAGCCUGAGCGUAUAGUGAAAGAAAACUCUACUGUUGGGAGAUCACUGUCAGGGUCGAAGAAACCAAAUUACUACAGUAAUGGUGUUCCUAUGAUUCCAAAGAAUGACUCAACAGAAAUUAUUCCUAAUGGUCAUAUUAAUGGUGUAGCCAUUAAGAAUCAUGUGAAUGGUCAUCACAGCCACAUUGCAGAAGAUGCUGUGCCACCUGCAAUGGAUGGUCUUGGAGAAGAAGGAGGAAGAGAGACAGUAAACAGCAGGGGGCGUUCCAGAGAGCGACACAGCCCCAGGGUACACAGGGCUUUUCCCGUACCCACGAGGAUAAGCCAGACUGAACUCCAGAUCGCCAUGGUUAAGUGUUGCCCAAAUUCUGCCGUUAUGACACCGCCCAGAUUGAGUGAGUCACUGCCUGUUAAUGACAUCUCAGAUCAGAUUCGUGAAGCUGUACUUCACCUACAGAGAGAUCUGGAUAGGGUGACUGCAAGAGUGAGAAGUCUGGAGGUUUCUGCCCUUUCUGGAUCCUUACAUAAUUCGUCGGUUUGGUCAAAUGAGAGACAUCCAUCAUGGUGGCCAUUCCCAGAUCUCUCGCCUAGAACCUUCAUGUUUGUGAUCCUCUGGCCUCUGUUUGUUCAUGCAGUCAUCCUGUGGUUGAGGAAGAGACGUAGUGCACGUGCUCAGCUCCUUUGAUUGCUCAUCACAGGUUCAGUUGUUUUGUAAGGUUGGUAACAGCUGCAACAUCCUGUGAUUGUCUGUAGCAUCGGUGCUAUUGUUAUCAUCAGUCAGGUCUGUUUCAAUAAUUGGGACUGUAAGGAUGAUAUGUUAACUCUGUAAUUAUAUUUUAUGUACCUUUGAGCCCUCAUAAUUGGGCGAUAGUCAUUGAAAAAAUGUACCAAGGAUAUAAUAUCAUUAUUGGAUGAAGGGUCUAUGUUUGUAAUAUAUGGCAAUGCAGUGGUGAUAAAUGUAAUAUUCAUAAAUUCCUUGGGUAAUGUCCUAUGUAACAUCACAGGUUUGGGGUGGAUGAGCCUAGAAAACACGGAAAUACAAAGACUGGUUUCCACAAUGUGUUUCAUGUGUCUAGCAAUUGACAUGUUGUGAAACAUUUACUAUAUCAUAGUUUUAGAAUGUUUUUAGUGUUAAAAUUCUUUUCUAUUCCUGAAAAGUGACUUGGUAGGCUGUAGUGUGCUGUUUUAUUACUUGAACUGAACUGUUAGUUUCAGCUACAGGCAUGUGGAAUAUUAAAAUUUAAGACAUAUCUUUACAGUGAGAUUUGGGAUCCCAUAUUUUAUAAUUCUCUACAUCUGGCUGUUACUGAAAUUAAAACAUAGGGUGCAGUGAUUUUUGUUUUACUUUAAGCUCUUGUUUUUAAUGCAUAAAAUUAUCUAGUCCAUAGUGUGUGAUGAUGAUUCUUGCAGGAAAACUAGAGAUUUAUAAUCAGCAUUUUGAUCAAUAUUCAUUUCAUUCCUUUUGUAUGCCCCAUAUAAGAAGGUAUUCUUUUUACUGUGGUGGUAGUCCAGAAGCAAGAGUGUUCACAGAAACACAUUAUCAGAUUUUGUAGAUGCAAAUCAGAUAUGCACAAACCAAGGGUCAAAUAUAACAGUAUGUGUUCCUAAGAAAGUGUUAUUCCUGUCAGCAGCGGAUUACUUGGGUCAGUCAGGCUGAUAAUUAUCAAGUGAUUAUAAUUGCCUUCUCAUGGCAUGUGCUCAGUUUUGUACAGUUUGAAAUAACUUAGUUUUUUAAGAUGUCUGUCUUCUGGGUUGUAGCGCUGUGUAGUCUGAUAGAUUUUCACCAUUGUUUCAGAGGUCCAUGCUGCCUCCAUCAUCAGGUUGAUGAGUGAUGAUGGAGGCAACAAGGACCUUUGAAAUAUUGGUGAACUUCUACCAGACUACACAGUGCUACAACCCAGAAGACAGUCAUUUUUGUACUCACCACCAUGAGAACCUCAAAUCCUAUUUGGUUAUAUUAAACAGUGAUGAUAAUCAUGUGGUUUGGCUUAUCAAGUGUUACUACCCAAAGGUCUUUUUGUCCUUUCUGUAACCAUUAUCACUUAAAUUUCAGCACUGUGUAAUGUAGUUUAGCAAUAAAAUUUUAAAUACUUAGUUUGGAAUGUGGUGCAUGUAACAUAAGUAUAAGGGCUGAAAUGGGUUUCUUAAUCCUGGUGUUGUUUUGCAAAGAGGAAAAGGUGUACUUCUGGGACAGCAGAAACCAUACAUCGGUAUUCUGAUAGGAUGGUAGCUGACAGAGGGAACCACAGCCUGGUAUUCCCAACAUUCUAAUUAAGCACCUUGUUUGAUUCUCAUUUUCUAUUCUACUUGGUGUUCUUGUUUAACUUUGAUUGUGUGUUCUAUGGUGAUGUUGUUGGGUAACUUUUGUAAAUUGUUGUACAUGUUUAAGGAAAUAUACAUGGCCUUUAUUAAGGUUAAGAUAGGCAGAAGCAAUACAGUUGUUUGGCUCAGUUAACUGCCCACCCAUCAUUAAACUAUGGUGAGAGCAUAAAUGGUUCUUUCAGAUUUUCCGCAUGAAAGGUGCACUGCUAAAUAGGAAAAUGAUCAGCUUUAUUAUAAAUUUCUCUGUUUUGGGGAGAAAUAGUCUCAGAAGUGUAGAUUAAGAUGGUGAUUGGGCACUUUUUUUGAAUCAAGCCUUGGUUAUUUAUCGAGCCUCCAUAAUGACUAAGACUUUUUCUGUUUGUACUUAAAAAACUGCAACAUUGUCAGUUGGGAUCAAAUCCAAGACCUUUUUAAUAUUAUGCUAGUAUGCAAAUAACUAGGGCUGAUCAGCUGUUAACAAAGGCAGGUAUCUGCCCUUUCAUUAUUUCCACAGUAUGUCCCUAGGAAUUUUUAUUGAUCAGCAAUUUGGAAUGACAGUUUAUAACAGUGGCUUAAAUGGUCAGUGCUGGUACUUAGAAGAUGUAGACUUCAUCUGUGAUGCAGGCUUUUGCUGAGCCAAAAACUGCUUACGAAUUUGGAAUAGUGUUCUUUAUAAGAGUCACAGAAUGCUGCUUGUGAAUGUAGAAAAUUUUACAGAUGUGUGCAUAAUAUAAUAUAAUAAAUAAUGGAUAUAUUACAAAAUUAA